AUGCCGCCAUCAGUAGAAAGAGCUCGAAGGAACUCCGAGGAGGCUUGCUGGUAAUUUUUUCUUACUUUUUUAUUUAUAAUUUUUUCCCCAGGGACAAAAUUUAGAGAUAAAUCUCCAAAGGAGUCGCGAAAAAUGCGCAAAAAAGUGUUCACGACUUAUUAGCAGCAGUGUAUAAAAUACAGCCAAACCAUUUUCAAAAUUUAUUUUACAGUGACUACUUCAAACUUGACUCCAAUGCCUUAAACAAGCAACCGGAGGAAGUUUUCGACAUCGUUGGGAAACUCGGUGAAGGGUCAGUAUCAGUUUCUUUCAAGAAAAUUGAACUUUUCAAUAAUUUCCAGGUCCUAUGGGUCGGUCCACAAGGCAAUUCACCGAGAAUCGGGACACACGCUGGCCGUGAAAAAAGUUCCUGUCGACACGGAUCUUCAGGUUUCCUUUUUUUCGUAGAAUGGAAGUAAAAAUGAUCAUUUUCCAGGAAAUCAUCAAGGAAAUUAGUAUAAUGCAGCAGUGCGACAGCAAGUACGUCGUCAAGUACUAUGGGUCGUACUUCAAGAACUCCGACCUUUGGGUAAAUUCAUUAAUGAUGUCUUUUUCAUAGGAUCAGAAUGAUGCUACUCACCAAAAAAUGAUUUUUGGAGAACUUAUUAAAAAAAUUCAAUUUUUGAAGAAAAAAAGUGCAAGGUGCCUAUUUUUGAACUUUUUUUCCUAACUGAAAGCCAAAAAAACGACGAUAAAUUUUUUUGAUUUUUAAAUAAUUUUAAUCAAGUUUAUGGCUUCGUUAUCAAGAUUUUUCCCAAUUCAAAAAAAUAUUAUUUAUUUUGAAGUAAAACUUAUUUUCGUUCCCAAUAAAUGCUUUUUUCUUUGAAACCCCUAGUUUUGAUUGAAAAAAUCGAAUUUUCGUGUUUUACAAAAACUUUACUCAUUCCAAAAGAUUUUUUUCAGAUUGUCAUGGAAUACUGUGGUGCUGGAUCGGUCUCAGAUAUCAUGCGUGUUCGACGAAAAAAACUCUGACGGAGACGGAAAUUCGCGCCGUUCUCAGAGACACAAUCAAAGGGCUGCGUUACCUUCACGACCUCAAGAAAAAUUCACAGAGAUAUCAAAGUAAUCGUUAAACCUUUUUUUAGCCCUUUUUCAUUUUAAAAACCACGCGCUUUGAAAAACAUAUCUUUGAAGAACCCAGCAAUUUUUUUCAAAUUGCUGUUUUGUCCUUUUUAAAUAUAAAUAUUAUAUGUAAUUUGCAGGCUGGAAACAUUUUGUUGAACACUGAAGGCCAUGCAAAACUUGCUGAUUUUGGCGUUGCUGGGCAAUUAACGGUAAUUUUGUUUGUUUUUGUGUAAAAAAAAUGACGAUCGAACAAAAAAAUCGAUUUUUUUCUUAUUUACAACUUUCAAAAAUAACAUAAAAAUGUACUAUUUGAGAGAAAAAUCCUUAAUAUAAUUCUUUCAUAAAAAAACUACUAGAAGUAAUUCUUAGACUUUGUUUUGUCGUGUUGUUAGACAAUUGAUCGUUUAAAAACUUUUUAUGGAAUAGUUUUCGUUUAUUUCAAAUCGCCAAGAUUUUAUAAAAAAAAAACCUAAGAAAGCUCUUCCUUUGAAUAAAAUUCGAACAUUUCGUUCAAGGAUACAAUGGCGAAAAAGGAACACCGUAAUUGGAACGCCAUUUUGGAUGGCUCCAGAAGUGAUAGAAGAAAUCGGAUACGACACCAAAGCCGAUAUUUGGUCUCUCGGCAUUACAGCUAUCGAAAUGGCUGAAGGCAGACCGCCGUAUUCGGAUAUCCAUCCGAUGAGGGUACAUUUAUUUAUUUUUUCGGCUGAAAUGAAAAUGAUAAAGCCCUGUUUUUGAAUAUAAUAGGGAAUCUCCUGUUUGAACUAUUGAACAAAAAAAUAUUUCUUUAUUUUAAAUGUCUUCUGAAAAAUGGGAAACAAUGAAGAAAGAUAAUAGAUUCUCACAAAAAUAGGUUACAUCUUGAAAUCUAUCAAACUGAAACUAAUAAAUCAUUUUCUGUAAGCAGAGUUUUUUUAAAAUCAAUUUAUAGAAAGAUCUUCAAAAUUAACCUAAUGAAAACAUUAAAUAUUCUUGAACGAAAAAUCGGAAAAAAACUUUUUUCAUUCAGUACCUAAUUUUUUCUCCUUUUUCAUACUCAGAAAACUUUUUUCAGGCAAUUUUUAUGAUUCCAACCAAACCUCCACCGUCGUUCAAAAAAUCCGAAGAAUGGAGCCCCGAAUUCAACGAUUUCAUCCGCCAAUGUCUAGUGAAGAAGGCGGAUGAACGGAAGACCGCUUCGCAACUUGUUGAGGUUAAUUUUUUUCUCACAAAGAAAAAUAAUUUUUACUUGGCGGUUUGAAAUUUUCCACAAAAUUCACUUUAUGAUCCCUGUUGGUCGCUACCUGCACAAACUUCUAGUCGAUUUUUUUCUAAUUUUUCAAACUUCAAAAAUAAUAAACUCAAAAAAACUAAAACUUGCGCAUGAAUCCCCGGCUCUGUCAAAACAUAAUUUUGAAAAAUAGAAAAAUAAUUGAGAUCACGAUUUCAGCACAAAUUCAUUGCUGAAGCCCCGGGAAGUGAAGUUCUGCAGGCGAUGAUUCGUGACGCUCAAGAAAUCCAAGCGGCUUCCCAAAACGCAUUGGUUUGUAUUUUCGAUCUUACAUUUUAUCAAUUUAUCAAUUUCAGGCAAUUUCUGCUAGUAUCACUGAGGCCACGAUGGUUGAUGGUGGAACCACAAUUAUCGAUGGUCAAUAUGACGCUACUUUGAUCCAUAAUGGUAACAUUUUCUAUUUUACCUUCAUUAUAACAAAAUAAACGUUCAGAAAGUUACAUCACUGCUCAAAGCUUGAAAAGUCAAAUGGAGAGCCUACGAAUUGGUGGCGAAAUUCCGGCUUCUGCGAUGAGUAAGCUUUAUUUUAUUUUUGUUCCAUAAUCAAACCAAAAUUUUAGCUAUGACAGGAAAAUUGUUACGAAGAGUUAGUUGCAAAAAGUUUCCUAGGCAUUAUUCAAAUAAUCUUCUUUAAACAUUCCUAUGACACGAAUCCCAUAUGACAUUUUUUUUCACAAUCCGUAGCUCAUUUCAGUUUCCUACAUGUUCAUUCAGUUUUACUUUAUAAACACGCUUUUUAAUUGCGAGUUCAUCAGGCUCUUCCCGCAUCGCUCCCCCGCCUUACGAAAACGCCCAAGCUGCUGGAAUCGCGGCCCUUCAAGGGAACGCCAACGCCUUCAACAACGUUGGCACUGGUCCAAACUUUGCGGUCGGAGCGGAAGGAGAUGCGGAUAGCACCUUCUCGUCUGCUAGCCAGCGUGAGACUUAAAUUUUGUUCUUAACUAUUUUUCGUUUAUUUUUUGGGAGAGGGGGCUUGUAGAAAAUGUUUCGCAACAGCUUUAUUGAUCGAUUCAAGAAAGCGAAAAAUUUCCAACUGUUUUGAGGAGGAAGGUCGUUUUUUGCUUCAACUUGAAGCCAAUGAAAAUUUCAACGCUUUGAAAAUUUUCAACUAGCUGUUUUGGAUGAUUUAAUUGGCCUUGAUGAUGAGUUGAUUGUCGAAAACGAUAUUGAAAAUAAGAGCGAAAUCCUGAGAACAGAUUAUUUAAGGAGAAAAUUGUUGGAAUAAAAAAAACUUCCAAACUAUCAAAGCUCCCGGGGUUUGUAAAAAGAGUUCCCUGUUUUUAAAUUAUAAUUAGAAUGAAAGUUUGAUAAUUUUUUUCAAUAAUUUCAAGACCUAAAUAUUUUAUAAAUUUCAAAAGACUCUAAUUUAUAGUGAAUACGGAAGCGGAGUACGAGAAUCGAUUCCAACGGGCGAUGGUCGAUGGCGACUACGAAUUUGUGAGUUUUUUCAAGGUUCCAAGAAUCAUAAAGGUCCUCUUCUAGCUUCGAUCAAUCACUUUGGAUGAACUAAUCAAGCGCAAGGAAAAUCUGGACUUUGAAAUGGAUCAAGAGCUGACCGAACUUCAAAGAAGGUUAUAACCAACUUUACAUUUUCUUAAAAAACUAAUAAAUAUUUUUACAGAUACCAAACAAAGCGGCAACCAAUCCUGGAUGUGAUAGAAACCAAAAAACGUCAAAUGUUCUGA